AAGAAUAAUAAAGCGCUUAUCGUCAGGCCUUCACGCUGGUUUCAAGUCGAGCCAUAAUAUGAGCCUGUGUUCCCUUUCAAUUCCUUAUCCUCUCAUGACCUAACCUUCCAUCCUUUCUUCUCUAUCCAGAUUUUCUAUCGCGUUUCCUAAUCUCGUACAUAUACCUACCUACACUAUAUACCCCUUCCAUUUAGCGAUAUCAACAUGAAGCUCCCCAACCUCACACCAGCUCUCCUCCUCCUCCCCUCCAUCCCCGGCGCGUAUUGCUGGGGAGCUCUCGGGCACCAAACCGUCGCCUACAUCGCGACUAAUUUCGUACAAGCCGACACCCAAACCUUCUUCCAAGGGAUCUUGAAUAACAAGACGAGUUCGUACCUGGCCGGCGUCGCUUCAUGGGCUGAUUCCUUCCGCUACACCAGUGCUGGGCGGUUCUCGGCGCCGUUUCAUUAUAUCGAUGCUGAAGAUAACCCGCCGGCUUCCUGUGGGGUUAGAUAUGCGAGGGAUUGUGGGGAGGCGGGGUGCAUAGUUGCGGCGAUUCAAAAUUAUACGACACAACUCCUGGAUCCGUCAUUGGAUGCAGCGUCUUUAAAAAUGGCUGCUAAGUUUAUCAUUCACUUCGUGGGAGAUAUUCACCAGCCUCUUCAUGUUGAGAACCUUAAUAUGGGCGGGAACGGCAUCCACGUAAACUUCAGCGGGACACCCACCAACCUUCACCACGUGUGGGAUACAGCCAUUCCCGAAAAGCUCAUUGGCGGAUAUUCCCUAGCUGAUGCAUAUAAAUGGGCAGAUACGCUCAGCACGUCCAUCCGGUCAGGAGCCUAUAAACCUCUUGCGAGUGAGUGGCUAAAGGGGCUUGAUCUGAGUGAUCCCGUAGCGACGUCGUUGGCUUGGGCCGAGGAAUCGAACGCCUAUGUUUGCACGACCGUCCUGCCCAAUGGAGUUGCUGGGGUACAGAGCCAGGAACUGAGCGGUGCUUAUUACGAGACGGCUGCUCCUGUUAUCCAGUUGCAGAUUGCGAGAGCUGGGUACAGGCUUGCGCGUUGGUUGGACUUGAUAGCGGCGGGCGUUAAAACGGAUCUGUAAUUUUGGAAAUAUACAGGGGCUGUUUUUGAAAAGAGGGUCUCUUGGACUUUUGGUUGUCUUUAUUUUCCACAACUACAGCAGACUUAGAAUUGCAUGUGCCUCAUCUAAAAAUCCCAAAGACCCUCUAUCUUUCGACC